AUGUGUCAAAAACAUCAAGAGCAAUCCUUGAUCACCCAACCUCCUCAACAUGGUCAUCAGCAUGAGGAACCAGAUCAAUGGGCAGGUAAAGAAUACCUCUCUGAUCCGGAAAUACUCAAACUUGCUCAAAUGAGUUACGAUUUCAUAAUCCAGUCUAUCACUUUUGCAGGGAUUGAUGAGGAGGUGUACCGAAAAUGGGACAUAUUGGAAAUAGGCUGUGGUCCAGGAGUUGUAACCAAACAUCUUUUACCUACUUUCCAUACUGUCCAUUCGAUCGAUACUUCUCCCUCUAUGUUGACGCAUCUCACUACCUAUCUACCUCCCAAUACAUAUCCCAAUUUAUCCUUUUCACUUCAUACCUUAAGUCCAGACUCAGGUCGACUUUUUGCGGAGAGAGUACCUCUCAAAUCACCCACCGCGGAAGAUCCAGAUAGGCAAUUACCAUCUCCCAGACCACGAUUUGAUCUAGCCGUGGUAAACUGGGUACUGCAUCAUGUGGACAACGUACAGUCUUUCAUGGCAGGUGCAGUAGGUCUACUGAAAGACGGAGGAUGGUUGGUAAUCACUGAAAUGGGAAGGAGAGAUGGAGGUCAUAUGAUAGAUGAUAAAUCCACCGAACAAGGCUCAUUCAAUGCUCCGGACCAUUAUCGAUCUGCCUAUACACCUCAGCGGCUCGUUGAUCUCUUUGAAUCACAUGGCCUGAUUGAUGUACAUGCAGAUAUGACUCAGGAUUUCCCAGCCUUCCGACCUGCCUCUGCUCCGCCAUUGAAAGAAGGUGAAGAAAGGAAGAUGAUCCCUGCUCUGAUCGUCAGAGGUAGAAAAGGGAUAUAA